CUCUGGGACGCGACGCCUCGGAUCCGAGGCGAGCGGAGUGGGUUGGAGGACGGGGCCGGACCCUACAGAAGAGAUCAGGGCUGCGCGGAGUUCUAUCACGGCGCCCACCCCCAGGGGGAGCUCUCUGCGGGAGGCGGUAGCCCAGAGCUUUCUGGCAAAGUCCAAGCGCCCCAGAUGCCACCCCAGCCCCAGAACACCGACAUGACUUCUCCCACUGCUCCCGCCCUGCCUUCUGAGGACUCCUGCCCUCUUUGGGACAGCAUCUCCGGGUAUGAGGAGGAAAUGGAAGCAUGUGCUCGGCUGGCCCCAGCCCCGCCACUUAUGAGCUUCAAGGACGUGGCUGUGACCUUCACACGGGAGGAGUGGGGACAGCUGGACUGGGCCCAGAGGAUGCUGUACCGAGACGUGACUCUGGAGACCUGCAGCCACCUAGUCUCCCUGGGGCUUCUGCUUUUCAAACCGGAUGUGAACUCCCAGCUGGAGCACGGGGAAGACCCAUGGAGGGCCGAGCAGGGACCUACUCAAGACUGGAAGACUACACUUGAAAAGAAAGAGUCAGCUUCUGAAGAGGAUGUUGCUGUGGAAGAACCAUCCCACUGCAUGGAAAGGAAACGAAUAUUUUCAGCAGAGAACAGCAGUGACUGUACAGAUGAUGGAAACAAGGUUAAUCACAGCACGUCUCUGAAUGAACACAAGCCAAUGCAUUUUGGAGAAGGUCAGUGUGAGUGUGACAGAUGCCUUGUACAAACUGAUGUAAAUGGUCCUGGAGAAGAACUAGUUAGGUGUGAGGACUUUGAUGCCUUCCACAUGGCCUCCUGUUUUACUGACUGUGACAUCAUUCAGACUGGAAAGAAGCCAUACGCAUGUAAUCAGUGUGGAAAGUCUUUCAGCUGUUGCUCUAAGCUGCUUGUACACCAGAGAACACACACUGGAGAAAAGCCCUAUGAAUGUACUUGGUGUGGGAAGUCUUUCAGGCAGAGCUAUCACCUUGUUGUACAUCAGAGAACUCACAGUGGAGAGAAGCCCUAUGAAUGUAACCAGUGUGGGAAAUCAUUCACCCAGAGUUCAAAACUUGUUAGGCAUCAGCGAACUCACACUGGAGAAAAACCAUAUAAAUGUCAUGUAUGUGGAAAAUCUUUCAGGCGGAACUUUAACCUUAUUGUACAUCAAAGAAUUCAUACGGGAGAGAAACCUUAUCAGUGUACUCAUUGUGGAAAGUCCUUUAGCCAGAGCUCUGAUUUUGUUGCACAUAAAAGGACUCACACUGGAGAGAAACCUUAUGAAUGUAACCAGUGUGGAAAAUCCUUCAUUCGAAGCACUCAACUAAUUAGGCAUCUACGAAUUCACACUGGAGAGAAGCCAUAUAAAUGCAAUCAGUGCGAUAAAGCCUUCUCUGGGAGCUCUCACCUUGCUGAACAUCAGAGAACCCACACUGGAGAGAAACCUUUUGAAUGUAAUCAGUGUGGGAAAGCCUUUACUGGGAGCUCCCGCCUUCUUUCACAUCAGAGAAUUCAUUCUGGAGAGAAACCAUACAAAUGUAAUGACUGUGGGAAAUAUUUUCGGCAGCGAUCAGAGCUUGUUGUGCAUCAGCGAACCCAUACUGGAGAGAAACCUUAUGAAUGUGGUCAUUGUGGGAAAGCUUUCAGUCAGAGGUCUGCUCUCAUUCUGCAUCAGAGAACACACCUUGGAGAGAAGCCCUUUCAGUGUAACAUGUGUGUUAAAGCUUUCCGUCAGAGGUCACGCCUUAUUGAACAUCAGAGAACACAUACUGGAGAAAAGCCCUAUGAAUGUAUUGACUGUGGGAAAGCCUUCAAUAAUCGGUCAACCCUUAAGAUACAUAAGAGAACACACACUGGUGAGAAACCCUAUGAAUGCAGUCAUUGUGAAAAGGCUUUUAGCCAGCGGUGUCAACUUACUCGGCAUCAGAGAAUUCAUACUGGAGAGAAACCUUAUGAAUGUAACAAGUGCGGGAAAGCUUUCAGUUACAAUAAAUCCCUUAUUCAACAUGAGAAGACUCAGGGAGAGAAACCCUAUGAAUAAUCAAGACGGAAAAGCUCACUGCCAGACCUUUACUAGACCUCAGAUGACCAAAGUAUGACUCUUAGGGCAUGGUCUAAUAGCAACAUGCAUCAGAAUCUCUAGCAGUAAAACCCAGGACCUGCAGUUUCUGAAAGCAGCACAUGUGAUUUGUAUGUACAUCAAAAUGUGCUUCUGCAUUUAGGUGAGAAACUAUGACCACUAAUGAGAAACUUCCAGUCAGAGUUUUUAACAGGUGUUAAGAAAUUCGGAGUGGAACAGUACCUAACGCAGACUCUUUCUAGUGCAACCACCCAUUUAAUCAGAUGUCCCUGUAGCACAGUCCAAGAAAUGAUGGGGAACUGUAAGAUAUUCCUGAUACAGAGUCCCAAACACAUAAUCAAGAAACAAUUCCAUGAGGAGGUUGGUGUUAGGCGACAAAAUAUGAAGCCAGGAAUGUUCCGUGUAAACCAGUAAUUAAGAACAUGAAGGAGGACUGAGGACGGGAAGGCUUCUGAAAUAGUUUUUAUUCAAAUUAAAAGCAGACUCCAAAUAUUUCAGGGACUUUGUUGUGUGCUCUAACUUUGUUGCUUGGUUAGGUCAGCUCUCUAAUUAGAGCUGGGAGCAUAUCAAUAUGGGAAAGACCAGAUGAAAUAAAAAAAGGACCCCAAAUAGUAUAUACACAAGCAUUACAGCCACACAAAAACAUGUACACAGAUAGUUAGUUAAGAAGGUCAGCUCAGCAGGAUGCUCAAAAAAAUGCUGAGUGUGAAUCAAUGGUGAUAAAAAUGGGAGGGGCAGUUACUGGAAAUUUGGGCAAGAUGCAAGCAGGAGGGCAAACAUCACCUGGAGAGACAGUGGGAAAGGCUGAAGCCGGCGCAAGUGAAGGAGGGCUGCAGAGGUGGAGGUCCCAGCCCUACAGCAGAACUACAGACUGACAGGAAGGGUAGGAAAGCAGGGUUAAAAGUUUGUCCAUGAAAUUUGAAAGUUUGUUCAUGAAGCUCCAGAUCUCUUCCCCUUUCCCCCUUUUUUUUCUUGUUUUGCAUUAAGCAACUAGCUGUGGGUAAGCAAAAGGAGAAUGAGUUAUGUACCUAAAAAAAAAAAGGUCUAGGGGCUAGAAGAGUCUGGUGUAUUAUACUUCAGAACAAGGACUGCCUUUUUUUGACAUUGGUAGUACAUCUGUCCUAAGAGCUUCCCAUGUGCUUUCUGAUAGUCUCUUCAGUGUGGGUGGGAGCCAAGGAGCAAACGACUGGAGGAAAGCCUCACACUAAAGAAAAAGUCUUAAAAUAAGUGUCAAAUGACAGCCUCUUCAACAAUGGGUAUUGGCAAAACUGGGCAGCUGCAUGUAAGAAUGAAACUGGAUUAUUGCCUAACUCCAUACACAAACUAGAAAUGGAUCAAAGACCUGAAUGUAAGUCAUGAAACCAUAAAACGUAGAAGGAAACAUAGGCAAAAAUGAGUAAAACAUGAGCAACUUUUUCAUGAACACAUCUCCUUGGGCAAGGGAAACAAAAGCAAAAAUGAACAAAUGGGACUACAUCAAGCUAAAAAGCUUAUGUACAGCAAAGGACACCAUCAGCAGAACAAAAGGCAUCCUACAGUAUGGGAGAAUAUAUUUGUAAAUAACAUCCGAUUAGAGGUUAACAUCCAAAAUAUAUAAAGAACUCAUACGCCUCAACACCCGAAAAGUAAAUAACCGUGUUAAAAAAUGAGGAUAUGAACAGACACUUCUCCAAAGAAGAAAUUCAGAUGGCCAACAGGCACGUGAAAAGAUGCUCCACGUCGCUAAUUAUCAGGGAAAUGCAAUUUAAAACUGGGAUGAGAUAUCACCUCACACCAGUUAGGAUGGCCAGCAUUGAAAAGACUAGGAACAAAUGUUGGCGAGCAUGCAGAGAAAGGGGAACCCUCCUACACUGUUGGUGGGGAUGUAAAUUAGUUCAACCAUUGUGGAAAGCAAUAUGGAGGUUCCUCUAAAACCUAAAAAUAGAAAUACCAUUUGAACCAGGAAUUCCACUCCUAGGAAUUUACCCAAAGAAAACAACUUCUCAGAUUCAGAAAGACAGAUGCACCCCUAUGUUUAUCGCAGCACUAUUUACAAUAGCCAAGAAAUGGAAGCAACCUAAGUGUCCAUCAGUAGAUGAAUGGAUGAUAAAGAUGUGGUACAUAUACACAAUGGAGUACAAUUCAGCCAUAAGAAGAAAACAAAUCCUACCAUUUGCAACAACAUGGUUGGAGCUAGAGGGUAUUAUGCUCAGUGAAAUAAGCCAGGCAGAGAGAGACAAGUACCAAAUUUCCUUCAUUUGUGGAGUGUAACAAUGAAGCAAAACGGAAGGAACGAAACAGCAGCAGACUCAGACUCACAGACUCCAAGAAGGGACUAGUGGCACCAAAGGGGAGAGGUGGGGGAGGAAGGGAGGGAGAAGGGGAUUGAGGGGUAUUAUGAUUAGUACACAUGGUGUAGGGGGAUCACAGGGAAGACAGUGUAGCACAGAAGACAAGUAGUGACUGUGGCAUCUUACUACACUGAUGGACAGUGACUGCAGUGAGGUAUGGGGGGGGACUCGAUAAUAUGGGUGAAUGUAGUAACCACAGUGCUUUUCAUGUGAAACCUUCAUGCAUGUAUAUCAGUGAUACCUUGGAAAAAUAAAAAGAUUAAGUGUCUUAAGAUAAACUCCUAAGAACAGAUAUUUAGGGGAACCAAGUAUUAAAAUGUUUUUAAAAGUGAGUCAAGAAGUAAUUGCAAAUGAAUGGUGAAGCUGUGAUGCUUCUUUAAAAAGAGAAUUAUGAGAACAAGAAUAGACUAUGAAAUUGAAAGUAAGAUUGUUGGGUCGAAAAGGGGGGAAACAUACCCAGAGCUGAAGGGCCUUCAGAUCAUGCCAGCCACCAGUCAGUAUUAAUAAGAUGCAUGCAGCACGAGUAAUUGAGAACAACAUUUGUGAUAAUUUAAAAUAUAUCACAAAAUUCUGGAGAGAAUAAUUUUGAAACCAAGAAAGAAAUGUUUUUUUUGUUUCUUAUAGUUAAAAUAAAAAAGGGUAAUCAGAGACUCAGAUUGUUCAAGAAACUGUGUAACUUGUACAAGACAAUUGAAACCCAAAUGUGAAGCAAACUUGAGAAAGGAAUAUUCAUUUGGACUUGAUGCCAGUAAUUCUCCUUUGAAGAGGCCGAGGACUUGUGAUGUCUGCACAGAGGAGGGGGAAGUUCAGUCAGAUUAUGUUGAUUGGCUCUUCACCAAGCAGUAUUUGCAUAAAUGUGAUAUAAACCGUAGUUCCUGGUUUUUUGUUUGAGGAAGAAGCCCAGAGCUGUGACGUGAGGAUUUCAUCAGGGCGCCAUUGUUCUCAGUCCUGUCGCUAAUGGCACAGCCUGGGGCUGUUUUAAAGCAGAAGGGGAAGAGGUGGAAGGGUGGAGGAGCAGCCCUGUGCCCUCAUCUGGGAAGUGGGCUUUUAAGUGUAAUAGGUUAGGUUACUUAGGAGACCAAAAGUAGAGUUCAGAAUGGCAAUGUGGCAAAACUGGGAACAGAAACAGCAACGUGAGUCAAAUCUAAAUUCUUUAUCAGAGCAGAAAGUUAGUAAAGUCUAUAGUCUAUGAAAAAUCAGAAUUACAAAGGUAGCCUCAGAAAGAAGUGGAAUAGAAAUGGUUAAAAGUGGUUAAUGGGAUUUUGUGGCUUUUGGGAAAUGUGGGGCAGGAGGUCACUGCUUUCCAUCUUCAACCUGUAGCCUGUCAUCCCCUGGUGGUACACUUCUUCGGGUAACAAGUUAUUUCAAAUGUGUCCUUGCAGGUGAGCAAACAGUAACUGGAAAUCUGCAAUUGAUUUAUAGGAUUAUGUACAAUUUUCCUUCUUUUGAUUCAGUGUCACUGUAAUAGUAAAUAGAUGAUUAAAAAAGCAAGAGUAAAAAGAAAAGAUGUCACUUUUCUGUUUGGCCAAGUGGAGUUGAUCCUAGUAGGGCAGGAUGGCUCCUUGGCUUCUUAGAAGUCCCUGGAAUUAAAGGGUGGUUUAUCUCUUAAGACUGAAUUUUCCAGAAACCUUAUAACCAGGAUGUCAGUGGGUCCCAGAGCGUGGGGACCUGGAAAGGUGCUGGUAUCUUGGGACAACUGGUGGAAUCACUUCUGAAGGAGCAAGAUAGGUGUGUGAAUUUACCUAACUGCCAAGUACUGAACGCACUUCCCUAAUGUCUCUCUGGCUGUUACCUGGUACCUUUCAUAAAAUUCAUUAAGUAAUGUAGCCUUCAAGACUCCUAAGACCCUACGUGUCAGAUGGGAGACGUCUUGCCUAGUGCAGCCUAGACAGAAAGGGUCGGGGGUGCUUUGCCUCCUGGUUAGACAGUUGGUCCUACUGCUGGGACCAACGUGGAUGUGCAGCUUCAGAAGAUGCCAGAGCCUGGGAGGAAGGGCCUUCCGGACAGAUCCAGCAAAGGGAACGUGGUUUGACAAUUUCUUGUUGACCAAACAUCUGAGAGACGUUUCUGUUCAGCAAGUCGUGGAAGUAGCCACCUCGUUCAGUGAGGCCCUGCUAAAGUCCCAGGUACAGAAGGUGUGUGCCGUGCCACAGGGUCCUCGAGUCCUGCUUUCCAGAACAGGGGCUCCACACAGGAGCUUGGUGGUUACGUGCUCCUGGAGCAUACACCCACCCAAGGAAUGGAAGGACAGCCACCGCCGUGUACACGAUGAGUGCGGCAGGCCCUGUUCUGAUAGGUAUUCCCUCUUCCACGUCAGAAACCUGAGGGUCUUAAGGACCCAGGAAGUGGGCUUAUUUGAAAUAGCAACCUUUCCACCCAAAAUGGUUCUCAUACCCAGAGGUCAGGGGUUCCAAAUCAAAGUGUGCCUAAGCCCCACGCAAAGGGGAUGUUAGAACCGCAGAGCCCCAGUCCCCUCUUUAGAGUUCGCUUGGCCAGGGUGAGGCGGAAGCCAGAUACUUGUAUCUUUAAAAAAAAAACAUUUUGUAAAGAGUACUCUCAAAUUUGUAUGUCCUUGUAUCUGUUUUCUCUUUGUUGGUUUCACUUAAAUUUGUGGCUCAUUUUUGAAAAGACCCUAAAAAGAUACCACGUUAUGUGUGACCCAUGAACUGUUUUUAACAGAAAUUCCUCCCUUCUUUUCAAAAUACAGAUAUCAGAGUAACCCUAGGCAUAUUUUUGAUACAACUAGCAGUGGGACUAUUGGGGGCCGACAAGACUACCCUCACAUCCAGAGGUUUUCCAGAAUUACUGGAACUCAGCACAUAGUAGUGCUCACAGCCAAGAUUUGCAACGAUGUAGCCGGGAUGUGCAGUUGGAUCAUAAGGGGAAAGGCGGGCAAAGUCUGGUUGAUCCGUGUGCAGGGAAACCAUGUUGUCCCUCCCCUGACAGGUCAUACAAAGUGCACUGAAGACCAGGCAGGUAGGCACCUUCUACUUAGCAUGUAGCAAAUCCCAGACCCCAGAAGGAAAGCAGGUUCUCAGUGUGAAUCACAUAGUUUGCACACUAGGCACAGUGAGAGGUCCUUAUCAGGGUACAGACAACACUAACAGCCAAGGUGCCAGAGCUAACCAGAGGCAAACCUUGCAAAUAGGACCUUCUCACAAUCAAAUCCUCAAGUCUGCUUUACUAAUCCUUUCUGCACAAGCUUUGAGAUUGCUUCCAACAUGAAUACAAUUUUCAAUAUUCACAAUAUCUGUUCCAUUAAACUUUAUACUGCGCUGCUCUGGCUACACAAGUGGACAAAGCAUACAAUUCAUAUAGUUCCUGCUUGAGACUGGUUUUCGGGAACAUAUAACACCUCAUUGACAUUCCUCACUAUGAUUCCAUCUUGUAGAUUUGAGUCCCAUUUGGACUGCUCAUCUUACCUUAAAAGAUGCCAGUGUCUUAAUAAAACAGCAAAAAAUGUGCAUUUUCCCCCCUAUAAACACCCUGAACAUAAAAUGCAAAAUAAUGAAGUUCAGGUCGAGUUACCAAAUGGAACUUUUAUUUACUGUGCAGGCGUGAUGCAUCAUGAUAUUUAAUGGAGACAUCAUGAGCAGAGUGGUGCUUACCUACAAAGACUGACAUCCUCAAAUUGUAUGUUUGCCUUUCUGGAGGCUGCAGAAGCUCCCGGAUUUCUUUGGACAUCGUCAGCUCAUAGCAUUUUAGCCCUUGAGGUAGAUGCUAAGGCUGUAUGAAUUUUGCCAGCUGUCUAUCAAACAAUGUAAUGUGUGCACAUCUUAACAUUACCCAAGAAUCAUUCAUACUAUUCAUAUUACUCUCGUAAGAAAUGUAACUGAUGGAGGAGCUUCCGGGUAGUUAGGUCCUUGUGCCUCUUUUAGGCUGUAUAUUCUGGUUUCAUGAUCUGUCCUGGCCUGGUAAUCCUGUCUGUUCCCCUUGUGUCGGAGCUUCAUCCUCCUCACGGCCCCAGCCCAUGUGCUCCUUUUUGACAUUAAAGUUCUCAAAGUAAAAAUCACAGGGCACUUCAACUCCCAUGGAGACCAUUGUCAUCUCAGAGGUUGGCACUUCCAUCUGUCACCUCCCCCAAACACCUGAAGUGGGUGGUUGCAGAUCUCACAGGAAUUCAGCCGAGCUGUGCAGGUGAUCACUGGUGCAGGGGGCAUGUGAGGGAGUCGAGACGAGGCUCUGGUGGGAUCCAGGUGCCCAGCAACAUUCAGAACGGUGGCUUCCCUAUCUGGACUGGUUAUGAUGAACUGGACAACACCCCCUUCCCCACCCAGUCAGCUGCCAACCCCAGUGGACAGUGGGUGUGAACAGGAAAUCAACUGUAAACAGACAAGCUGCUGAGAAUGGGGGCUUGUUUGUUACUUCAACAGAACUAGUCCAUCCUGACUGAUGCCAUCUGGCAUAGAAAACACUUAGUUCAAAAAAAUGUUUCUAAUCCACCCCCCACCAUUCACACAUACAAAAAAUGUCAACUCUUGGGGGUAGGGAUUUUGUUUUCUUCACUGACAAAUGCUUCCUGGUAUAUAACGGCCAUUCUUUGUUCAGUGAAGGAAUGUUAGUGAACAGUUUUUAUUUGUUUGCUUUACUUGAGCACUGGCAGGACAUUGGGGGAAAUGGCAGGUUUGGGGAGGAAUUAGAAUUUUGAGUUUGGACAAGAUUAAGGACCCUGAAUAAUAAGACUGUCAUUUUCAGCAAGUUUUCCUUAAUGUGCUUUCUGGCCUGGGGGCACUUAUGCCCACCAUUCUGUCCCUCAGUCCUCUCCCCCUAGAUGAACAAUGUUCUCUAGCUCCCAUUUGCCACUGCAAAGGCUGGGAUCAAUCUUCUGGCUUCCAAGUCGACAUGCGAGGUGUCAAUCUUACUCUCUCAGAGAUGGGGAUCAAGCAGCCAUCCUGUGAGGGUUUUGCCAGGGACAGAGUCAGUGCCCAAGUCCAGGCUGGAACUAGGAUCUCUAAAGGGGAAAAGGAAGCAUUGCUUCAAAUCAUAGAACCUGCCCAUCUGUGUUCCCAGAUGGCUUCUUGUGGAACAUGCAGAAAGAAGCCCUCUGGUUGAGGCUGGAGAAGAUGUAGAUCGCUUGAUGGUGACUUCUGUGUCUCUGUGCACUGGAAACCCUUCCCACAUUGCUGGGCUUUGAAACAGAACCAUCAAGAAGGAUAGAGUCUGUCUCCAGUCUCUGUGGGAGGACAGAAUCCUAACUUCAAUAAUUACUAGCUAGCAGACACAGCUGGCCUAAUUAUAUUUACACUGAUCAACCCUUUGUAAUUUUUCUCAUGAGCUCUGCCUCUUUCUCCUUUCUGAUCCCCUCAUUCUUCCCUUAAAAUACCCAGUUGCCUCUGCACAAAUUCAAAUGGAACUCAGUUAUUUCCCCUGCUGUCAACAG